AUCGACACCGCCAAGACCAUUACUCACUAACAACUAUCAUUUAAGACGAAUAAUCGCGAUGGGUAAUACAUAUUCUUUAUUCUUUCCCCCAAGUCCACAGUUUACUGAGGAGGACCUCACCGCGCAGAAUGGACGCGUCUUCAUCGUCACAGGCGGCUACUCCGGCGUAGGUUUCGAGUUGAGUCGUAUGCUCUAUCAAGCUGGCGGAUCCGUUUACAUCGCUGGAAGAUCACAAGAGAAAGCAGAAUCAGCUAUCAAACAACUCAAGGAACAAUAUCCCGAUGCAAGCGGCAGCCUGAGCUUUCUCAAGAUAGCCCUCGAUGACCUGGAUUCCAUAAAAGUAGCUGCGGAAGAUUUCAAGUCGAGAGAAUCAAGACUUGAUGUCCUGUUCAACAAUGCAGGAGUAUCUAACCCUCCAGCUGGUUCAGUCUCAGCUCAGGGAUAUGAACUGAGUAUGGCAACAAACGCCAUCGGGCCUUGGUAUUUCACGCAGCUUCUCGUAUCAAUUCUGAAAGAAACUGCAAAGAGCCAGCCCCCAGCUUCAGUUCGGGUAGUCUGGACGGCCUCCAUCGUCACAGACCUCUCCGUCCCAAAGGGCGGAGUCAAGAUGGAAGAAGUCAUCAAUCCCUCGAAAGACCAACAAGUCAACUACACGAAUUCAAAGACAGGAAACUGGUACCUCGCCAGCUUGCUCGCACACCAGAUUGGAUCUCAUGGUGUCCUGAGUGUUUGUCAUAAUCCUGGAAAUCUCCACAGCAACCUGCUUCGCCACAUGCCGUCGAUUAUCGGUUAUAUCGUUUCGCCGCUGCUUUAUCAUGCAAAGUUCGGUGCUUAUACCAACCUAUGGUCUGGUCUUUCGCCGGGCUUACAGAUUGAGGAUGGGGGGAGGUUUAUCUUGCCUUGGGGGCGUUUUCAUCCGAACCCGAGGCCCGAUUUGUUGGAGAACCUCAAGUCGAAAGAGCAGGGAGGAACGGGGACUGCUGCGGAUUUUGUGGAGUAUUGUGAUAAGAUUAUUGCGGACUAUCGGUAGACACCCCUUUGUUACUGAAAUUCAUGCUUUAUACUUCAACGGACUUGUUUGGCAUCAUAUGGCCCAAUACCCCUGAG